ACAAAGACUUACGGGGAGCUGGGUAUAUACACACCCAACAAAGGACAUGAGCGAGGGUUAUGAACUGGACAGGAGGCGGCCGGAUACAACCGACCAUCGUGCGCCACAUCAGGGCGUGUCAGAGGAUCGUACGAGUCACCUAUCUUCCCAAAACUCCGAUUCAGGCCCGUAUGCUGGAGAUAGUACAGCAGGGGCUGGGCAGGCUUCGCGCUUGGGUGCGGUAGACAAUUGGAACAGCUUUCACCAGAGGGACCAUGCGGCUGGAGGACAGUCGUAUGUAUAUAAUGCCGCCCCACCUUCAGAUAACUACCAAGUGCAGAGACUUGCAGACACGCUGCCAGCCUCAGAAGUGGUCAGGUUAUUAGCCACCGGUGGCGAUCGCCCUACUACACAUACGAAGAUGGAUACCAUUGGGGACACAGAAGUGAGCAUUGCCACUCCAGCCAGUACGCCUACUCGAAGUACAGGUAUUGGGGUGCCAGAACCCACCUUGCAGCCCACGCAUACCCAAGUACAUGGUACCACUACAAGUGCAACAGUCGGCGUGUGUCCGUAUAACGCUUCUGAGAAUGACUCUGUGCAGUUAAAUGGAAUUGCCCUGAGCCAGCUACCAGUCGCUGCAGACCACAGCCAUAUAACGGAUCACGCCACAUCUUUUGCUGAUGUGGUUACACCUUCGCGGGAUGUCAAUACUGAACAACCUCCGACCUAUUCUGAAACGAAAAGUAGCGCUGGGCUCGUAUUUGAAGACGAAGAACGUAUCUUGACACCUGCUGGUAAUGCUAUGGAUAACACUUUGGACAAUGCGGGUAAUUCUAGACACGUAUUGGAAGGCGAAGAAAGUACCUUGCCACCUGCUGGUAGUGUAUUAGAUCAGGCUCUGGUCCGUGCGGGUGGCGCUUGUCGCGUAACGGAGGGCGAAGAGUAUAUAUCGACACUUGGUGUUAAUGUGGUGGAUCCGGAAUUCGUGCACAUGGCACGUGCAAAGGACUCUGUUGAACAGGAGGUGGUUGUUUGUGGCAAUAAUGAAACUCCAGAAGCAGUCCUCCCGUCAUCAUCACUAGUACACGAUGUAGACUUCGAUGCGGAACACAUCGCAAGAGUUGGUGAACAGGGUAGCGAAGACGUGUGUGCGGGAGACCUACUAGUGGUAGGUAAUGGUGAAGCAACUGCUAGUACAGAACUUCACUCAGAAGACAUAGCGACAAGCAGGAUAUCAAGCAGCGAUAGCACCCCACCCAGAGAGGUGACAGAUGAGUGUAGCGCUAAGCCGAUUGAAGGGUUAUAUGAUAGUCCGAAUGAGUUAGUGGGGAUCCCGUGUAUAUAUGAUACUGGCAGUGUGGAUGCAUAUGAGACGGUAAUGAGCGAACCUGGCCUGCCUGAGAAAGAAAUGCUUUCUGUCAAACACGCUUCCAGAUUGGUGCAGAGCACGGACAGUACUCACAGUGAGCAUAGAGUCAUCGCUGAUAACGACCUUGAUGCGGAUAUGUCUAAGGAGAUACCGAACUGGUUAAAGGACCCAGAAGUGGGUGUUAGCACAGACGUACCCAUAAUGAGACCUGUUUAUACUUGUCCUUCAGAUAUAAAUCUCGAUGCGAGCCAAUCACAAGACGGAGCGACUGAGGCUGACGGGAACGCCUUGGCGACUGUAGCACGCAAACACAUGCAUGAGCUGCGUGUGUUGCGGUCCCUCAUGUCGGACCCGAACGAAGAAAAAGGGACUGGUUUUGUCCCAAGUACUGAUAGCUCACACCAAGCACGUCCUUAUGCAGGUGCAAAAAGGAUGGAAUUAGACCGGCUUCGAGCGGCGCAAACGAAACGAGAACAGAAUGCCCUUAGUGUGACGAUACAAGUCAUGCUGUUGGAAUACGAGAUAGAACUCAUGCGUACGUACACCCUUAUGGCCACGCACCCCUCUCCUUCAGGCAUAUCUGAUCAAGGUAUUGAUGUUGUGCGUGGUAUCCAGUCGACGGUGGAGGACACUCAAAGUGGUGCGGUUGAAGUAGAGGGUGGGGCUCAGUCGCUGUAUAGCUGUGUUUCCGCUGCACCCGGGAGAAUGCUUGUGAACGGGCUAGUUGAACACGAGCAUGUGCUUACGGAUACACAUGCGCGAGACGAGUCAGGAGUAUUAAACAUAGUGCAAGCACAGGCGCUUCCUUUGCCUGCCCUGCCACUGGAGGCCUCUGAUGUUGCAGACGUUGCUGAUGGUAUAGGCGUGGCUUAUGCCACCAGAUACGCAAGGGCUAACUGCGCAGCGCAACUUGAAGGGAUUGGCUCUACGGACGAGUCGCCUGGGCACGCCGGUGGAUGUACAGACGGUCUCACGGAUGCUGCUUUAGUAUUGGACAACAACCACCCAGAUCAGAUGGUGACGCCCCCGGAUAGUAGUCCUGUGGUGGGGAAGCUAAACUCGGCAGACGGCAUAGAUGGCUAUAUGAUGAAUGGUAGUCUCCCAGACUGCCGACAGGCUCAUGAUUCAGUAACUUGUAGUUCGCCAAACGGUUAUCCCAAGGAGGACAGUGGAAGUGCGGUACUACCAGAGGACGGCAGUUCUGUAUGUAGCAAGGCUUUGGAUGAUACUCCCGUGCUAGGUCCUAGGGUUCUAAUUGGGGUUGGACAUAUUACGGAUGUCAUUGACGCCGGAGAUACAGAAAUCAGAGAGAGGGAUGGUAGUUCAUUCCCGUAUACUUCCAAUCAUGAUAGCACAGGUACGGAUGUCCUGGUAAAAAGUAGCGACAACACUACAGCACAUAGUAGUCCCACUACCAAAGACACAGAUGCUGAAGUCUUGACCGAAGGCAGUGCAACGAAGGUCGUCAGCAAGGAUGAAGAGCACGGGGUGGGCAGCGUAGGUAUAGAUAACCUGGGUAAAAAUAACGUAGGUACACCCCCGGAUUGUGCGGCACCGGAGGGUACGGUCGGGGUCUUGCCUUCACAUGGAAUUACAAACCCAAACACUUCCGUAAGGCAAUGUGUAACAGAUGAGAUGCACUGUGAUAAUGGCAGCAGCAGUGACUCUCGAGGGCCUCUAACCGAGGAUACUACGGAGCGUGACACAGGUUACAGCACUGCUGGAGCUAGCAUUACAUCGCGAAGUGUCUUACUCGCGUCUGGUGUCGGUGUUGAAGGGCAUGAAGUAGAACCUCAGCCGUAUAUGAACCCCGAUCCCGUGAUGAGCGAUCCUGCGACCGGUAGGGCAGAGAGAGGGUCCGAGGCCUGGGCCUCAGCUGACAAAGGUAUGUGUGUGGUUUCUGCUGAGAACAGUAUCUCUGCGGACGACCCGGACGUAUGGACACCUUUUGCGGAAGCCACGCCCGGCGCAGAGAGCAUGGAGCACGCGACUGGAGAGUCUGACGGAGUGAGAUUUGGCUCAGCUCAUGAGGAUGUGUGUGGUAGUGCGGUGGGAGAGGUUAAACAAUUGGACACCCUGGAGGCGCCGCGGUCCUCCCCGGUAGCCCCGGUACCUGAAUUCGUAGCGGACAAAACGGCCCCCGCACCAGCAGAAUCGGUGCUAGUAUCACGCCCGACGGCUGGUAGUGAUGUGUGUUCUGUCACUGCUGAAGAAAGUAUUGUAGCAGAGGAACCAGAUAGCUGGACGCCCUUUGUAGAUAUCGGACCGAGAUCCGACAAUACGACACGCGGUACGACAGAGGAGUACUCGGAAGUGAAUCCGAUCGCACCUGCGUUGGGGCUUGUAUCCGACGACAGUACAAGUGGGGACGUAUCUCGCAUUGACAGCGGUGAUUUGGAAGUGAGGACUGGCGAUAGGGAAGUCCCAGAAGUAUCGGAGAAAGUGGAGUAUGAUCAUGUGCCUGAAGCGGAUGGGGUAGUAGGUAAACCCGAUGAAUGGUUGGAGGAACAAGAAGAAGGGUGCUUGGUUGAAGCUAGUAUGGUGGUGGACAAGGCAGUGGCAAGGGAUGAGACAGCUGCAGUAGGCGACUUAACCCCAUCAACGACCCUUGAGCUGCAAUCACUAGGUAGUUCCGAGGAACUAACACGGCUUGCACUACAACCUCAGCAUUCCUCAGAAGAACCUGAGGAUAGCAAAUCACCUACAAGUAUAACCGCAGCUGUGGCCCAAAAUAUUGCCAACCAGGUGACCCCGCACAACGCAACUGUGGAGGCCCUAAAGCCAGACGACGCCGCGGCCACAGUACUCGGUGUGGGUAUGGAAGACGACGAUUCCUCUAAACAGAGAAGAAUGGACGAAAUGUGCGCAGCUGCUCUGUUGAAGGUGGGAGCACGUUCUUCCAUCCCCAUCUUCGUUCCCACCAACGUCUCCGCCGGCAGUGCGGCCUUGCAUAGGCCUCUAAAAACCCCCGGCCAGGACCAAAAUACGCCCCACAUCAAUGUAGCUCAUAACGAGGAACAAACAUUAGAUAAGCCCCAAGAAGACCCCUGUCAAGUUUCAAAACCCCCCGUCGCGGCUGUGGCCAAGACAUUGGCAACUCGGUUCAGGACCACAUGCGUGGUAUACGCACCCACAACCGAGGCUCCAGACGAUGGGCAUUGCACCGACAGUUUACAUUGGCCAGCCACCUACCACUCGCUGGUGCACUCUCCUUCGGGCACCAAGCUACUUGAGCUGGAGGAGAACUUCGACAAUGUCAUCCAUCGCUUGCGCAUGCGCCGCAAGAAGGAGAUGGUGCGGCAGAGGGCUGUGCACAAGAGUGAACGCGAUGCGCUGUACACUAACCUGGGCGAUUUGCUCAACGACGCCAUUCUGCAGGAACAGGAGGCGUCGCAGAAGGAUGAGGCGCAGCUGUUGAGGAUACGCUGGCAGUCGAAGCUGGAGAGUGUGAUGGAUGCACAACGCAGACAACUGCGUGAGUGGGUGGGUAAGGGGGACUACACCUCAGCUGUAGUGUCUGAUAUGGAGGGGGAUCUCAAGACCACCUCAGAAAGCGAUCGGAGAUGUUGCAAGUCGCGUACGGGUAGUGGACCGGUCCUAGAUGUGAAUGAGACGCAGCAGGAGAGCUUCUCCAUCCAGUUGGGGGCUCAGCGCAAAACGUCACAUCUUCUGCGGUUGCUGUGCUGUGACAUGCACGUGCUGCUCAGUCGCGAAGGGCCAGAGCUGAGACUACUGACAGCCAUGUCGCUCUAUUCCGAUACGUUCAACGGCGUGGUGCUGCUGGUGGAUGUGGACGCCCCCUACCGAGACGCAGAGGGCCAAGCCUUUGUUAAGCUGUGCGAGCGCAGGACUGAGCUGCACUUCUCAUCGUUCCGUCGUCAAUUGGCUCAGGUUCGCGAACAUUCCGGUACCAUGCUGCCGGGCGAUUUCUACAUCACACGCCACUCCAACCUGAACAAUGUGUCUGUGGUGUACCAUUUGAUGGUCAACAGUGAAGUGAUGUCGAAGACUAUGAGCGCGCGGUCACCCAUUCUCACGGGUCUGCGUAAGCUGAUGUUGAACGCGUACCAACACAAUGUGGCUUCCCUGACCGUGCCGCUGCUGUUUGUGAGUGCCUACACCCCUUCGCAGUGGGGAGAGGGUGUGAAUGUGGACAGGUGGUGCCACACCCGGGCCGAGCUUGUCUUGAAGGCGGUGAAAGGCUACAUGAAGGAGUGUGCACCUUACACCACCAACAACCACUCCAGCACCAUGCAGUUUCUACUGCCCGGGGCGUGUUCAAAGCGUUUCGAUGCUUUCGCGAGCCAGCUGGAUGGUAGGUAG